CUCUAAUCCUACUUACCGUCCUACCGGAAUGUACCCAAAGUGGUAGCUCCAGGACGCAGCAGCUGAACGAGCGCAGCACGCAGGACACAGGCUGCAGAAGCAGUUGCUGCCUUGCCUUGCUGGGUUGAGCCGGCCGAGUCUGUUUCCAUUCCAGUUCGGGCUCGCGUUGUCACUUGCCGGCUUGCAGGACAGGAUCACAUGAGCGUGGGUUUGACGACGAUCUCCGAGGUGAAAUCUUUGCCCCUGCCAUGGUUUCCGUCCGUGCAAGCAAUCCGGUACCGCGUCGCUGCCGUUCGUGUCCGCACUGUGUUUCUUGAUGUUGGUGGCCAUGUCGCUGUCGAGAAGUGGGCAUCUGCACUUGUGCAGGUGUUCUUGUUCGGUUGUUCAGAGCCAUGGAUAGAAGGAUGCCCGGAAAAUGGGACAUCUUUUCGUUUGCUUUUCUUUCUCUCUGGGUGAAUUCGAUUGAGCGGUUGCGACGCGCUGUGCGCUACGUGGUUUUGCGCGGAUUUCUUGUUCUGAUCUUGCAAGCCGAUUCCCCUGAGCAGGUUCUUCCGAGCAAUUGGAUGUGAAGCUGAAGCCACCGGCCUCGAGCGAGGAGGGGAUGGAGGGAUCGAGGCCGAGGAGGGGCUCGCCGGCGAGGGUCCGCACCGUGCCGAUCGCCGUCACGCCGGAGGGCUUCUGGUGCUGCCCGUCCCCGGCGGCGCUGCACAAGAGCCUCAAGAACCCGCACCACCACCACCACCACCACCACGCCGGCGGCGGCAACAAGCAGGCGCCGCCGCAGCAGAAUAAGACCCCAUCGGCCCCUCCGUCCAAGGCGCCGUCAGUCCAGACCGCGCCGUCCGUGACCGACGAGCCACCGGCGCCCGCCGACGAGCCGCGGCCGCAGGAACAAGCGGCCGCCGAGGCCCCGGCGCCAGCGCCGGCGGGCGGGCAGCAGGAGCCGCAGCCGCAGCACAAGAUCUGCGUCGGGUUCGGGCGGCCGGAGACCAGCGACCUGACGGUGAUGCUGUACGGGAAGGAGGGGAUCGCCGUCAGGAUGGGCGUGCACAGGGACGUCCUCUGCCGGAGCAGCGCCUUCUUCGCCGCGCGGCUCGCCGGCGGCCACGGCCCGCCGCCGCCGUGCGUGGAGAUCCACGACUGCGACGACGCGGAGAUCUACGUCGAGACCGUCGGCCUCAUGUACUGCGACGAGGCCAAGCACCGGCUGCUCAAGCAGAGCGUCCCCCGCGUCCUGCGCAUCAUGAAGGUUGCCGAGGUGCUUGGCUUCCAUGGAUGCGUCAAGUCAUGCCUCGAGUACUUGGAAGCCGUCCCUUGGGUCGGCGAGGAAGAAGACAACGUCGUGGCCUCGAUACGGCGUCUUCAGAGCAAGGACUAUGGAGUCAGCCCGCUGCUAAGGAGGAUUUCAUCUGAGAAUCUCAACUCACUGGGUGACACAUUGGCAAACAUAAUGGAGAUGGUACUGACGAGCACCGAUGAUCGGGGGCGUCGGGAGAUGAAAACCUUGGUUCUGAAUCUUCUCAAGGACAGCAGCCAUUGCACUGAUGGAUCUUCAGACAUCUGUUCUGAAACGCUGUACAGUUCAUGCCGAGGGUGCUUGGACAGGCUCCAUCGACUGUUUACAGAAGCAUCUGAAGAGGAUUAUGCAGUGAAUGUUACGCGGCGGAUCACCCUGGAGACUGAUAAUCUCCUAUGGCUGGUGGAGAUUCUUGUCACCCAGCGAAUCUGCGACGGCUUUGUGGCUAUGUGGUCAAGCCAAACGGAGCUUGCUGAAUUACAUCCGAAAUUGCCGGCAGCACUUCGGUACACCGUGAGCUGCAUCACGGCGAGGCUGUUUGUCGGCAUUGGGAGAGGGGAGAUGCUUCCAUCCAAGAACACCCGUCUCAGUCUCCUGCAGGUAUGGCUGCAACCGCUGAUCGAUGACUACUCGUGGCUGCAAUGCAGCUGCCGGUCGUUUGACAGUAAGCUCGUCGAGGACGGGAUCGGGCAGACGAUCCUGACGCUUCCAUUGGAGGACCAAAGGUCUAUGCUACUGUCAUGGUUUGGGAGGUUCUUGAAGUUGGGGGAUAACUGCCCGAAUCUGCAGAGGGCGUUUGAAGUGUGGUGGCGAAGGACUUUCGUCAGGCCGUAUGUUAAUGAGGCUGAGGCAGGUAAUGUUUUGUCAUCAGAUAGGAGUUCAUCUUGAAGUGGUAGAGGUGUUAAAUUUAGCUGACCAUAGAAUCUUUGUAUUCUGAGGGUAUUGUCUUGGUUGGUCAAUCUGACAUGAGGCUGGUAAGAACUUGGGUGUUUUAUUUCCUCGUGUAAAGUUUGGUGGUGGUAAAGAUUUGUGCGACACUAAGUGUUUAACUUGUGUGUAAAAUCAGAUGGUUUUUCCCUAUUUAUGAGAAGAAAAAUCAUCAUCAAUGAAUCCUCCCCGUUGUACCUA